UCUGUGAUUCUCUGUCUCUCUCUUCUCUCUCUGUCUUUACUGUCUCUCUGUCUUUCUUUGUCUCUCUCUCUCUCUCUCUCUCUCUCUCACUUCCCUGUCUAUCUCUCUCUAUUUUGGUCUUUUUCUGUGUGUUCGUGCCCAUGUCACCCUCUCCAUCUGCUGCUUCCCUCCCAGGCUGGCCACCAUCCCUGGCUUUCUGCAGCUGUGAACGGCUCAGCGGGGCAGGUGCCCCAGAGGCAGCUUCCGGAGGUGCUGGGCGGGGCCUGGGAACCACCUCAAGGGGUUGCGCUGCCCCUGCUGACUGUCAUUGUCACUGCCUUUGUCUUGCUGGCCGUCUGUAUCGUGGUGGCAGUCCACUUUGGGCCAAGGCUACACAAGGGCCAUGCCACUCUCGCCACAGAGCCACCAUCCCCAAAGCCAGAGGGCGGCAUCUCUCUCACCCACUGGCGAGUGCUGGGCCGUCAGGACAGUCACGAAGAUGCCCAGCAGGAACCUCCUGGCUCUGACUCCUGCCCUGUGCCAGAUGAGCCCAGGGUCAGCAUUGAUGAAGUCACAUUUCUGUAG